GUGGUCGGCGUGGCGGAGGGGAGAAGCUGGCGCUGCUGCUGCCUCGGCAGCACCUGUUGGUGCCGGAGCCUCGUGCUGGUGUGCGUGCUGGCCGCGCUGUGCUUCGCCUCCCUGGCCCUGGUCCGCCGCUACCUGCAGCACCUCCUGCUCUGGGUGGAGAGCCUCGACUCGCUGCUCGGGGUCCUGCUCUUCAUAGUGGGCUUCAUCGUGGUCUCGUUCCCCUGCGGCUGGGGCUACAUCGUGCUCAACGUGGCCGCCGGCUACCUGUACGGCUUCGUGCUGGGCAUGGGACUGAUGGUGGUGGGCGUCCUCAUCGGCACCUUCAUCGCCCAUGUGGUCUGCAAGCGGCUGCUCACGGCCUGGGUGGCCGCCAGGAUCCAGGGCAGCGAGAAGCUGAGCGCUGUGAUUCGCGUCGUGGAGGGAGGAAGCGGCCUGAAAGUGGUGGCGCUGGCCAGACUGACCCCCAUCCCUUUCGGGCUUCAGAAUGCAGUGUUCUCGAUUACUGAUCUCUCCUUACCCAACUAUCUGAUGGCAUCUUCAGUUGGACUGCUUCCUACCCAGCUCCUGAAUUCUUACUUGGGUACCACCCUGCGGACAAUGGAAGAUGUCAUUGCAGAACAGAGUGUUAGUGGAUAUUUUGUUUUUUGUUUACAGAUUAUUAUAAGUAUAGGCCUCAUGUUUUAUGUAGUUCAUCGAGCUCAAGUGGAAUUGAAUGCAGCUAUUGUAGCUUGCGAAAUGGAACUGAAAACCUCUCUGGUUAAAGGCAAUCAACCAAAUACCAGUGGCUCUUCAUUCUACCACAAGAGGACCCUAACGUUUUCUGGAGGUGGAAUCAAUAUUGUAUGAUUCUAACAAAAUGUGUGAUUCUCAAGAGCCAAGUGUUCUGUCUGAGGUCUAGCAGUCACCUCACUAGUGGACAGAGACAAGUUCUAAUUGUAUUACGGCACAAACAAAACUGACUAGUUUUUCAAUUGCACAGUUUUUUUAAGGCAAGAAUCAUUUUCUGGAUAUGUAAGUGCAAAUGUAGAUGCAAUUUUGGCUGCACCUAUUUAUCCUUUAUUAUGCCCGUAAUGGCCUAUAGGUUUGCACUUUAGUGUUUUUUAAUUGUUUUCUCUCUGGGUACUUAUGAACAGAGAAAUAACCCAAAUAUUUUUCUGCCUAGUGUCUUUAUUUAUAAAGUCCAUGGAUAGUUGCAUUUUUCCUACUUAUAAAGAUGAGUAAAAGUAUGCAAUUUUAAAUAUAUAAUAUUAUUGGAUGUUGUUUGCUUUGGUAGUCUUUCCAGAAGGGAUAAAUAGUGUUUUUUGUUUUGUUUUAUUUUUUUAAGUGGGACCACUUUGCUUCCCUUUUCCUUGCUAAUUAGAAAAUAGACAUUAACUUUUGGUUGAAUGUAUUUUUGCAAGUGUCUCAUUGUUGCAGGGCCCUUGACACCUAUUCACACAAGCUUAAAUCCUACAUUGUGGGACUGAAGUGCUCUUAAGAUACCUUUUUAUUUUCACUGUGUAAUGUGCAAAGCAAAAGGGAAUUAUUUAAUGAGUAGUGGCUCAAAUUAGAACUUGCGUUCUAAUUCCAUUACACUAGCUUGACCCUUGUUAGAUCUUUCAUCAAAGGGCUGUCCCAUUGCAAUCUUACUAAAACAUUUUAUUAAACUUUUUUUUCUUUUUAUAUUCAUAAUUAGGCUUUUAAAUAAAAAUGUUAUUCCUUUAAAAUGGUGGGCUUACCGUCAUUGAAGAUGUCACUCAGGUGGCCUUGUCUGAUCAAAACGCCUUUUUAAAAAACCAAGCUUUAAAAUCAUGUUUAUAAUUCCAUUGAAGUGCAUAUAUAGUUGUCCCCAUAGUCUUCAGCUUUAAAACUAUAAAUAUAAUGUUAACUUAAUGCCCAAAUUUGUAUAUUUACCCUACUAUACAGUAGGCUUAUUUUGUUUGUUUUUCGGUACUUGUUUUUCUCUGAUAAGACUCAGGAAUUCUGAAAUGUGAAAUUAAGUCUCUCAGCGCUUUCUCUUAUAGCAUGAAUUGAGUGUAUUUAUUAAUAGCACUUAUGAGUAUAGCAUACAAUAAUUUUACAUAUGAUUCAUAUGGUAUAUGUAUUAUUCAUUAUCACCUUAUAAUUUUAAAAUAGUUUAAUUGUAAACUUGAUAAGUUUUUUUACAACCAAGAUAAUAGAUAGGAAUGCAGAUUUUCUGGUAGGUAUCUCUUUUUUGACUAUGAAGAUUCCACCUUAUCAGAGACCUUCCAUUUGCCUUUUCAUUAGGGUAAGACCUUAGCCCUGAUUUACUAAACUGCAUAAGAAUUCUUUGGAAGCAGAUUAUUCUAAUCUUAUGCUAGAGAUGCAUUUGAUCAUUUUAAUGCAUACUUUUUUGCCUUAUUGUAGGUAUAAUUGUUUUCCUUUCCUUCAUAAUACGUAAGUUUUCUUACCUUUGAGUAACAGUAAAGUUCAUUUGUAUGUCCAUAGCAAGAAGACCUCAGUGCAAAUGAUCUGAGAGGCACCUGGGUCUACAGCACUUAAUUGGCCUCCAAAUCCUUCCUUCUUUUAUUGGUAGAAAAAAAUACAUAGUAUUGGAAUAUUCUUAUUCUUUUUUGAAUCCUGAUUACUUGUUGUUUUUGAUUUUUUAAAAGAGAUUUUAGUUUAAUAAUCCCAAUGAAUAAUACAUUUGAUUUAUUCUUUUCUGUCUACAUUGACAAUAUUUUUCUUUUGCUUCUUGUUUGUUGGUUAGUUUUUGUUAAAGGAGUCAUUAAGAUCAUUACUUUCAUACUUGUGUUAUACUUCAUGUAUUUUGAAGUGCAUUUAUUUACUUAGCGUUUUGUAACUUAAUAAUUUCACCAAGUGAGUACCUUGUGGUAGUUUGUAAUGAGUUCUUCCAGUUGUUGCAUUUUGCUUGGUACUUAAAAUAAAUAUGUAAAGGUCAAAGAGAAAUAAUUUUUCUGUAUUCUGCCAAUCAUAAUUUUAUAUAAUAAAAUCAUCCGUUUUUACUUAAAACAGUAUGGAUUUACUAUUUCUAAAAUACUGAAGCUGCAGUUUUCCUUCUCUUCAUCAUUUCCAGCCUCCAAGUAAACAACAAUCCAUGGUAGUUGUGCGAUUUGAUAGCUGAAUUGGGUUGCUGGGUCUUUAGAUGUGUUUGCUACAGAUUGUGUCAAGCAUUGCCAUGCCUUGUUCACUGCCUCUUUAACCCUGCAUCCCAGAUUUAUGGCAGCAACACAUUUCUACAGGAUCCUUUUAUGUCGCCCAAAUAUUGCCUCCAGUCUUAAAGUGUAUAUUUAUAAAGUAAAAUGUUUUGGAUUUCUGAAACUGUUUUAAGUGUAGUAUAAAGUAGCUUUAUGCACAGUUUAAAAAGCAUACAAUAUACCUAAUUUCCAAAUUUGAUGAAAAAUA